CAUACGGAAUCAUUUUUGUCAUUUCUCUAUCUUUGGUUGGCAGCAUAAUAAGGACGAGAAGAGGUCAGAAAGUUUAGCUUGAGGGGUCUUCUUUGAUUUCUUAUGAGUAGCAGCGAAGCGGGCUCCUCCUUUCUAUUUCAGUAAACUUGAAAAGCUUCAUCAAAAUCAAGAAAGCUCAACUAAGUACUCAUCUCCAAUCAAGAUAUUGUGCUGUUAGUGCAAAAGGAUGCAGUCUUUGAAAGACAUUGUACCAGCUGCAUCGAACAAUAUAAAGACAAAGUUCAUUGUCUUGGAGAAAGGGAGGAUAGCUUUGGAAGGGCAACAAAAGGCGUGUUUGGCAUUAGUGGGGGAUGAGACAGCUGCAGUUCACUUUCAGAUGUGGGGUGAUGAGUGUGAUGCUUUUGAGCCUGGGGACAUUAUCCGGUUAGAAAAUGGUAUCUUCACUACUAACCGCAAUAACUCUUUGCUAAGGGCAGGUAGGCGAGGCAAGGCUGAAAAGGUGGGAGAGUUUACCAUGGCCUAUGUGGAGACACCAAACAUGAGCGAGAUACGUUGGGUGCCUGAUCCGGGUAACUCAAAAAUAUAUGUGCCAGAGGCUGUUAUCUCUCCUUGUUCGUGGAAUGCAUUGAGUGUUGGGGAAUCUAAUUACUGACAGGUCCUCUCCUUUUUAACUCUUUUCUUGAUGGUUGCAGUUUUCCUAAGUUGAGGAAAAAAGGAUCUCAAAAGUCAUAAUGACUGUAAUCAACACCUAAGUAGGGAGUUAGUGAUUUCAUCAUGUGAUUGGAUAUAAUUUGGAUCUACGUAGUCUAUUGAGUUCAGAUUUUUUUCGAAGUGUUUUAUGAUGCAAUAUUCUCUUUUUUUUUUCAAAAUAAAUCAUCUUGGAGAUUGUGUAAUAUUGCUUACUCUCAAACUCUUCGUUUACACAGUAGUGAUACUUUGUUUCUCUUUUCA